AAGUCACAUCAUGUCAGACUGGUCACCUCUGUAGUUUAAAAUGGGCGGACUGGUGUGGAUGCGUGUCACAGACGGGCUCACACAGGUGGAACAGGUGGACUAGUCGGACAGGUUUGGACUGGAAGCCCUUUUGUUCACCUUUUUUUUUUAGUUUUUUUUUGAAGGCGAUGUCGCCUUUAGGACAGUUAUCAUGAAGAUAUUGACAACUGCAGCGUUUCUACACCUUUGUUUGUGCGCCACAGCGGCAGUUUCGGAUAGUGGCUCCACCGAAACGGCCCUGGUGGCAGCACCGGGGGACAUCGCUACACUUCCGUGUUACACCGUCGGUAACGUAACACCGACUCUCACGUCGUGGGUGAAAAAUGGACGAGAGGUCAUGAGAAGUGACGCCUCUUCCCCGAGCCUUUCACCCGCAGGACAGCGGCUCGUGGUGACGAAUGACGGCAGUCUGCAAAUCAGGAGUGUGAUGCCCGGGGACGAGGGCACCUACCUGUGCAGCUCCACGCUGCCGGGAAACAACACCUUUCACGCACGUGUCUCGCUGCAAGUAACCAGUGGCCCAGGAAAUCUAUCCGUGUCCAUCGGUCCAGCGACUGCUCUGUCCAACGGGACGCUCAUCGUCUCCCGGGGUUCGAGCGUCUCCUUUAACUGCUCCGGCUCGUCCCACCCGUCCCAGCAGCUGAGCUGGGCUUUCAGAGGAGCUUCGUCCAGCAACGAGUCGCUGGCUUCCACCUCCGGAUCCUGGCUGGACUUCAGGAUAGAAGACGUUCAGCCCAGCGCUCAGGGGGUGUACAGCUGCAGGGCCCACAACCCCGUCUCUGAUCAGGCAGUCAAUAAGAGCACACAGCUGCUAGUAUACUAUGUCCCAGACAGACACCCUGAGUGUCUGUGGGCACCAGCACAGGACCCCUCCCACUUCCAGUUCAACUGCACCUGGUUUGGAGCGUAUCCCGCCCCGACGCUACGCUGGGGGGACGACGACGACGACCGGGGUGACCAAGGAGCCCGCCCGAUCGGAAGCAUUUAUGCAUUGGACACGACGGAGAGCCUGUCGGUGACGCUGAACCGCUCAAUGCUGACUGACGGGCAGCCGCUGAGGUGCACGGCCCAGCACCGAGAGCUCGCUCCAGGAAUAGAGAAGUCGUGUUCGUUUACCCUCAAAUCUCCGUACCCUGAAGGGGAGCCGCUGGUCACUGCGCUGGAGGCGACCAGCGUCACUCUAACGUGCACCGAGGACGUGUCCCUCCCGCCUGCGAACACCACGUGGAGAAAAGGGCUCCAGCAGGAGGACAUUGUUCCCGGAUCGAAGUACGUCCUGUCUGAGGAUGGCCCCGCCCUCAAGCUGAAAAUACUCAACAUCAGCAAGGACGACGAGGGUGUUUACUUCUGCCGCAGCGAGAACCUACUCGCCGUCCGCGAGCUGGAAGUCUACCUCACUGUGAAGACCUCGUCUGCGUACACGGGAGCGAUCCUCGGAGUCUUUAUCGCUGCACUGAUCGUGGGAUGUGCCGCAAUCGUAGCUAAAACCUUUUACUUCAACCAGCACCGAAUUUGCCUGGGUGAUGGCUUUGGGCACAGGGAGGAGGACAGAGGAGACGUGAUGAGUCUGGUGGAGUCAGACGACGAGCAGAUCUUUCAGGAUGCCGUUCCCCGGCUGCCCCCGUUGACCAACGGACACCAGACGACGCUCGUCCAGAUACAUCGGAUCCCAUCGACUGAUCAUGAGGACCCAGAGACAGCUGGCACACGCCCACAGCAGCAGGACGAUACUGUACAGACGGAGGAGCCGGUGGAUCUUGUAACAUUUUAGCUUUCGGGUGUUUUUAGAUGCGUGUUUUUAUUUCGUUGAGUUGCAUUUACUCCCAAUGAACAAUGUGAACUGAAUUGGUGGAAGAUGCAUGUAGAGAAAAGGAAAUCAUCUCUUCUUAUUCCUUAUUUUUUAAAACAGGGUUUUGAGUUUUUGUAAGCUUAUUUCUAUGAUUUGUUUGUACAGCAUUGUGAAUGUGUUGCUCUGAUAUUGAGAUUUGUGCAGUAAAUGAAGCUGUUUGAAACAGAACGUGAUGUGACACUACCUAGUACUUACUCCCAUACAUCCCCACCCUGUGUUGUACUUAUACACAUAUCAUUUUAGAGAUGAACUAUGACGAUCCGCGUCUAGAAUGCAACUCUAGACUGGAACCAUUUUAAAAAUGUGGUGGAGUGAGGUUGUCGGUCUUUGCGUGGGAUGUAGUUGAGGUUGAAAUCAGCCGAAACUAAGUUUUCUCACCUUCCUGAAAAUCCAGCCAAGUCGACAUGAGAUCUGGAGCAAUAGUGAGCGUGAAAUGUUGUUUUUACUCAGUAUAUGAGUAUCGGUACUGUAACAAUGUUUUGAGAUGAUUUUGUUCUUUGUAAAUAUUUUAACUACGAUCUUAAAGGGGAAUCGCGGAUAAUCUGCACAUGAAAAUGUAGUCAGUCGUACACUCAGCUAGCACAGAAUAAGUUUGCUUUCUGUAACCUCUUGAGUUGCAAAUGUUCCUUUAAACUUCCCCUUUUUUAAAUAAAUGGAGCUGAAAUAAUUGAACAAAUAAUAAAUGACUUGAUCUACAGAUAAAUAUUCAGCAAUGGUUAAUCGCAGCCGGAACAUGUUUUGAAGUGACAACACUUAAUUCAAAGUAGAUAAUUAUUCUUUAAGUCAAACAUUCAAAGCCUGUACGUUACAUUAGUACAUAUCUUCUAAAGUGAAAUAUGGCUGGUUAUUAUUAUUGUUAGAUGUAUUCAUAUUUCCAUGUAUUCAUAUAAAUAUAAGGCAAUGCUCGUUUCUUUGAAUAGUAUAUUUAAUACACAGGCAUGUAUUUUCACAAUGCAUUAAAACAUUGAGCGGUAUACACAUCGCAAUGCAAAUUAAAAGGACAAGCAUUUUUAAAUGAAUAAAAACAACAAAUACACAAAAGAUCAAGAUGUAAGUUAAAAGUGUGACAUAACAAUGGCUUAUGGUAUAAUAUAAACCUUUUAAAAUGUGGAUUUAAAGGACAUACUUUGACAUGAACCCUUUAAAUAAAUAUAUUUUACAUUUUGAAUUGUUAAAAUGGUAGUAUGCCGCCUUUAUUAGUUAGACAUGCAUGAUUACACCCCUUUGAUUUGGUUUUGGUUUUGAAAGAGUUGGGACAUAAAGUUAAAAUUAUAUUGUGAUAAAUAUAUAAAGUGUAUUUUGGGGAAUUAUUUCACGCACUUUUCCUUGUGGUUGAGUCCAACAUUUUGAUACAAGAAUAUUGGGAUGUUGGCUACUACUGAGCUGACGCAUCGUGUUUUAAUAAUGACUUUACCACAUGACAGUUGAAAUCAUGGGCUUGUUAUCACGCACUAUAAUUGAAUAAGGGGGCGUGGCUUUGAGUUUACGUAAUACAAAGAAAGACGUGACUACGUAGGGCAACAUUCCACCAAUGGGCAGCCUGCG